GCGGAUCCGGAGCUGCUGUUGCUGCUGCUGCUCCUCCUCCUCCCGCCUCACUGUCUCUUUCCCCCUCUCCUCCUUGCAAAGAUGGCAACCGAGGGGCUGAAGGAGAACGAGACCCUGGCGUCGCUGAAGACCGAGGCCGAGAGCCUCAAGGGCAAGCUGGAGGAGGAGAGGGCCAAGCUGCACGACGUGGAGCUUCAUCAGGUGGCAGAGCGUGUGGAGGCCUUGGGUCAGUUUGUGAUGAAGACAAGAAGGACACUGAAAGGCCAUGGCAAUAAAGUCCUCUGCAUGGACUGGUGCAAAGAUAAAAGAAGAAUUGUCAGCUCUUCCCAGGAUGGGAAGGUGAUUGUUUGGGAUGCCUUCACUACCAAUAAGGAACAUGCGGUGACGAUGCCUUGCACCUGGGUGAUGGCAUGCGCUUACGCGCCUUCAGGGUGUGCCAUCGCUUGUGGGGGUUUGGACAACAAGUGCUCUGUGUAUCCACUGACAUUUGAAAAAAAUGAGAAUAUGGCGGCCAAGAAGAAAUCGGUUGCCAUGCACACCAAUUACCUGUCAGCUUGCAGCUUCACAAAUUCGGAUAUGCAGAUCUUGACUGCUAGUGGAGACGGCACGUGUGCUCUCUGGGACGUUGAAAGCGGGCAGCUUCUGCAGAGUUUUCACGGCCACGGAGCGGAUGUCUUGUGCCUGGACCUUGCUCCUUCAGAGACAGGGAACACGUUUGUGUCGGGGGGGUGUGAUAAAAAAGCCAUGGUUUGGGACAUGAGGACUGGCCAAUGCAUCCAGUCAUUUGAAACCCAUGAAUCGGAUAUCAAUAGCGUCAGGUACUACCCAAGUGGAGAUGCCUUUGCCUCUGGCUCAGAUGACGCCACAUGUCGUUUAUAUGACCUGCGGGCAGACAGAGAAGUGGCCAUUUAUUCCAAAGAGAGCAUCAUCUUUGGGGCAUCCAGUGUGGACUUUUCCCUUAGUGGCCGCUUACUGUUUGCUGGCUACAAUGACUACACCAUAAACGUGUGGGAUGUUCUGAAAGGGGCUCGUGUUUCUAUCCUGUUUGGCCAUGAGAAUCGAGUUAGCACUUUGAGGGUUUCGCCUGACGGGACAGCCUUCUGCUCAGGAUCCUGGGAUCACACUCUAAGAGUCUGGGCUUAACCCCCGGUGCUGUUGGCAGAUACGUGUUAAAAUUGCAAUGGGAUGGGGGGGGGGGAAAUGAACACCUCAGAUCGGAAAAAGAAAAAGCUACAAUAACGAAAGGAAACGCAACAGGGUGAUAAUUGAAAGAUUGAAUGCGACAUUGUCAGUGUUUUAUCACGUUGUUGGCCAGAAACACUCACUAUUGGUUAGAAAAGGUAAUAUACUUUUAUCAUACAGUGGGGGUGGGGGAAUCUAUGUGUGGUAUACUACUAAUAAUAAGCUGUUUUUACUUCUGUUUUUGAAACUACCUUUUUUUUUAAAAGAAAUGGUUUAAUAAUUCUCCGAGCCAGACCUCUGUCAAAAUACCUGUUGGAACAGAAUUUAGUAUUUCAUUGUACAUUAUGUAUCUAGCACUUGCGUGUAAUUGCAUUUCUUCCUGAAGUCAACUUGGAAGGAAAA